AUGAGUCAAAUAGGAAAUGGUCAACGUAAUGGAUCUCAAAAUGGUGAAAGACCUGAACGAACAGAUAAUAAUGGAGAACCCUCUUCAGCUGAAUUAAUACAACAACUAAUUACUGGGUUAGAUCAA